UUUAAGACUCCACCUCCUGGACACCAGUAUCUUCAGCUGUCCAUUUUGAGGCAUCAAACAGAACUUCCUGUUAAUGCUGACGAUGGCAAGGCUGUGGCACCUCCUGCUCCUGUGCUGGGCAUGGAGCCCUCUGUGCCUUUCAUCCAGUGUGAGCUUCAUUGGUACACCAGAGGAGUGUAAAAAGGCUCACUUUGUCCCUGGUUACAACCUAGCUGGAGAAGGCUUUGACAUUGUGACGAUGGAAAGAAAAGGCGCAUAUGUCAUCGACACUGAAACGUGGAAACUUCAAGAUGGCACUUGCAGAAUGUACCAAAACAGCUACAUGAAUCAGGUAAAACAGAAGGUCCCUGUCGCAGUGCUGGACUGGAGAAUGCUCCCCAAGUGCAGUUUAUCAGUCUCCAGUACACUCUAUGAUUCUGCUGAAACGCUUGCUAAUGAUUCCACAUCAUCUGUGUCCAAUGACUGGAAAGUUGGCCUUGAAAUUCCUGUUUCUGGUAGCGUUGGACUUGGGAUUGGUUUUGGAGGCUCCCACUCCAAAGAAUCUACCUUCGCCAUGCAAAAGUCAAAACAAGAUCACUACACUUUCUUUCGCCAUUCUGUCAAGUGUAACUUCUACAGUUACAGACUAAAAGCAAAUCCUCCACUGAGUCACGAUUUUGAGUCAGUUGUGAAGGCCCUUCCGUAUUAUUCAUCUGCAACCAAGCAUUUAUACCGGAAUUUGGUUGAGACAUAUGGCACACAUUACAUCACACAAGUGUAUCUAGGAGGAGAAAUGAAGGCCAUCACUUCUAUCCAGACCUGUCAGGCGGCCAUGAAUGGCCUGUCAGCUACAGAUGUCAGUGACUGUCUCACAGUGGAGGCCUCAGUUAGUGUCAUGAGCUCUGCCAGCAUUAAAACCAUGAACAAAAAUUGCGAGGCACUGAAAAGGAAGUUAAACCAUGGGCAAAGUUUCGGCAGUACAUUUAGUGAGAGAUACACAGAGAUCAUCGGUGGACACAUUAACGGAGCUGAUAUCCUCUUUCAAGGGCAAUCAACAUACGUUAUGAGGGACUGGGUCAACUCUCUUAAAUCCAUACCUGAUGUGGUCCGAUACAAUAUAAAGCCCAUGCACAUGAUUCUGCCGAGCGGCCAUUAUGCCAGGGCGGGACUGAAGCUAGAGGUGGAAAAGUACAUUAAGAAAAACGCAUUGAUGAAAAAAUGUUCCGAAACCUGUAAGAUUGGAUACAGAUCCAGCAGAAGAGAUCCUUGCGCUUGUGUCUGUAAUAGUAAUAAAAAUAUCAAGUCGAACUGCUGUCCUGCUGGGAAAGGUCGUGCAACAUUGAAGGUGUUCAAUCUUUAUGCAAAGAAACUAUAUGGAGACCAGUCUACUCAGACAGAUGGUUCAGUAGAGCUUAAAUAUGGUUACCAGAUAAAGCACACUGCUAUUAUACCAAACAAUGAUAAUCCCAAAUGGUCGGAGGUAUUUGAGUUUGGACCAAUCACAAUUAACAUGAGAGACAAAUUGGUGUUAAAUGUAUACGACGAGGAUAGUUACUGGAACAGUGAUCAUCUUGGGAAGUGUCAGGUUAAGCCACGUAAAGGCUGGUGGAAUUACAGCUGCAUGCUUAAUCACGGUACAUUCUUCUUUUCCUGCAAAGUGGAGUGUGCACCAAGCCUAGGUGGUGACUACUGUGACGAGUAUAUCCCCUCACCCAUGAGUCCCUCUUUGGCCAAAGUCUUUCAUACCAGAAACGGUAUCCUUAUUGGAGAAACUGGUGAGCAGCAUGGCAAAUUAGUCAGGCCGGGAGUUGAAGUAGGACAAAGGGAGACUAUGUGAUGCAUACAUUACUUUUAUAUUGUUGCUUCUCAUUUCUGCUUAACUGCUUGUGAUGUGGAACCAUUCCUGCCUCAUAUAGUAAUCGCAAAUAUAUUGGUACUGCAUUCAUGUAUUCUUAUUAAAAAAACAUGCCAGUAAAGCAGUCACAAAAACAACCUCGGUGUCUGUGCGUUUGCUUCAUUUGUGUUGAUGUUUAAAAGUACAAGUGAUUUUGGUACAGUCUAUUUCACCUUUCACUGACUGAAAACAUUGUGAAAAGAUAAAUAAGAAAAAGAAGAUCCAGGACUGUUGAGCAGCUAGAAUCUUGUAUGAGAAGUUCAAAAGACUCUCAGCUGGUCUCCUGAGUUCCCAGACAUUUACAGGCCGAUGUUAAAAAAGGGGGGUAAACGUGACCCUGUCUCAGCUCUUUUUGUGAUAUGUUGCUACCAUCAAAUUCAAAACACCAUUAAAAUGUUUUGUUUAUAUUUUCUUUGUUUUAUUAUGAACAAAAUAUGGGUUCAUGAGAUUUUAGAUCAUCACACUUUAUUUUUAUUUAGAUUUUACACAGCAUCACUUUUUUUUUUUUAGAAUUGUUGUUUAAUUUAUUAAUGACAAACAUAUUUGUACCACUUUCAAAACCCAGUAUUCUUGUACUCUGUAAAACAACAUCAUUGCGUGCAUUUGCAUGCAUCUCUUGCAUUGUUUGUCCAAUAAAAUCUACAUUA